AUGAAGAACCAGUCAGUAGAAAUAGAGUUCAUUCUUCUUGGACUGACUGAUGAUCCUCAGCUAGAAGCUGUGAUUUUCCUGUUUCUCUUUCUCAACUACAUUUUGAGCCUAAUGGGGAACUUCAUCAUCAUCAUCCUCACUCUACUGGAUCCUCGCCUUAAGACUCCAAUGUAUUUCUUUCUCCGAAAUUUUUCCUUAUUAGAAAUUUCAUUUACGACAGCCUGCAUCCCACGGUUCUUGACCACCAUUUUAACUGGGGACAAAACAAUUUCCUAUAAUGGUUGUGCUGCUCAAUUGUUCUUUUUCCUUUUAGUAGGCGUUACAGAAUUUUACCUUCUAGCGGCCAUGUCUUAUGACCGCUAUGUUGCCAUCUGCAAACCUCUGCAUUACCCCAUUAUUAUGAGCAGCCGAUUAUGCUACCAACUUGUACUCGGCUCUUGGAUAACUGGAUUCCUAGUCAUCUUUCCCCCUUUGGUCAUGGGACUCAAGCUGGAUUUCUGUGCUUCCAAAACUAUUGAUCACUUCCUAUGUGACAGUUCUCCUAUCCUGCAGAUCUCUUGCACAGAUACUCGAGUAAUAGAAUUGAUGGCCUUUAUUUUAGCUGUGGUAACACUUGUGGUCACAUUGUUGUUAGUGAUCCUCUCAUACACAUACAUAAUUAAAACUAUUCUAAAAUUCCCUUCUGCUCAACAACGAACAAAAGCCUUUUCCACCUGUUCCUCACACAUGGUUGUUGUCUCCAUUACAUAUGGGAGUUGUAUGUUUAUGUACAUGAAACCCUCAGCAAAAGAAAGGGUGACUUUAACUAAAGGGGUAGCUGUGCUCAAUACUUCUGUUGCCCCCUUACUAAACCCUUUCAUUUACACCCUAAGGAACCAACAGGUGAAAGAAGCCCUCAAGGAUUUGCUUCAAAGAGUUUGUUAUUUUCGAAAUGUGACAAAGUAUUGA